ACGAUCGACUCUACAAAGAAACUAGAAAAAGAUCGAGCCGAAGCUCGAGUUAGAAAAUAAAAAUGGCGAGUUGGGUUCAGUCAGUGUUGGUGGUUCUAGCCAUGGUCUUGUUUCCGACCACCGUUGAGUCUAAGGUUCGGCAUUACAAGUUCAAUGUUGUGAUGAAGAACAUGACUAGGUUGUGUGAAAGUAAACCCAUCGUUACUAUAAACGGAAAGUUUCCAGGGCCAACUUUAUACGCUAGGGAAGACGACAGAGUGAUCGUUCGAGUUGUGAACAAGGUGCCACACAACAUCACUAUACAUUGGCAUGGAGUCCGGCAACUACGAACAGGGUGGUCCGAUGGGCCGGCGUAUAUAACACAGUGUCCGAUACAAACAAACCAAAGCUAUCUCUACAAGUUUAAUGUCACCGGACAAAGGGGUACGCUUCUUUGGCAUGCACAUAUCACAUGGCUGAGAGCCACCGUACACGGUGCUAUCGUCAUUUUACCUAAACACGGCGUUCCUUACCCUUUCCCUAAGCCCGAUCAUGAAAAAAUCAUCGUGCUAGGAGAAUGGUGGAAAUCCGAUGCCGAUGAUGUUAUGAACCAGUGGGUUCAAACUGGUAUGCCGCCUAAUGUAUCGGAUGCACACACCAUCAACGGCUAUCCGGGGCCAACUCCUGGUUGUAGUUCUUCUGGAUUCACUUUGCAUGUUGAAGCCGGAAAGACAUACUUGUUACGUAUAAUCAACGCUGCAUUGAAUGAAGAUGUGUUUUUCAAGAUAGCGAAGCAUGAAUUUACAGUUGUUGAAGUUGACGCAUGUUACGUGAAGCCAUUCAAAACGGAUACCAUAUACACCGCUCCAGGUCAAACCACAAACGUCCUUUUGACCGCCGAUCAAAAAUCCGGCAAGUACUUGAUGGCGAUCUCCCCUUUCAUGGACACCAUUGUGGCGGUUGACAACCAAACCGCUAUAGCCACCCUACGCUACAAAACCACCAAACCCUACACACCACUUACCCUCACCACCCUUCCGGCGACAAACGCUACUCCGGCCACCAACUCCUUCAUUGAGUCUCUUAGAAGUUUGAAUUCCCCAAAAUACCCUGCUCUUGUCCCUUUGAAAAUCGACCACUCUUUACUCUUUGUUGUUGGUGUUGGAGUCAACCCGUGUCCCACUUGUGUUAAUGGAAGCAGAGUUGUCGCAGGCAUCAAUAAUGUUACAUUUGUGAUGCCCGACACAGCUCUGCUUCAAGCACAUUACUUUAACACAAGUGGGGUUUUCACUGAUGAUUUUCCUGGAAAUCCGGUGACACCUUAUAACUAUACUGGUAGUGGGCCCACGAACAUACAAACGACUAAUGGUACAAAAGUUUACCGGUUAGCGUAUAAUUCUACUGUUCAAGUUGUGAUUCAAGGUAAUGGGAUUAUAGCACCCGAAAGCCAUCCGAUACAUCUUCAUGGGUUUAACUUUUUCGUGGUGGCAAAGGGAUUAGGGAACUAUGAUCCGGUGAAUGAUCCAAAGAAAUUCAAUUUGGUCGAUCCCGUUGAGAGAAACACUCUCACCGUACCUACAGCCGGAUGGAUUGUUAUAAGAUUUAGGGCUGAUAAUCCAGGUGUGUGGUUUUUGCAUUGUCAUCUCGAGGUGCACACGACAUGGGGUCUUAAGAUGGCCUUUUUGGUGGAUAAUGGUAAUGGGCCAAAUGAGUCGAUUAUCCCGCCACCAAAGGAUCUCCCGACAUGUUAGGAAAUUGCAUUCCCCUGAGAAACUGACAAUCCAUGAGAUUGUGAAUACAAAAUUCAUUCAAGUGUAGAGUGCGAGGUCUUGAUACAAACAAUUUGUGCAUGUGAAAGGAGAAUAAAGUGGAACUGAUAAUUUUGUGAUUUUAGUGGUUCAGUGGUUGAUUCCAUGUUGUCGAAACUUGUUUUGGUGUGUGAGAAUUGCAUUGUAGGUGUUUGUUGUUGAUUUGAGGAAACCAUAAUGUAAGUUAUUUAAUUUUAUAUGAGGUUAAACUUAAAUAAAAAGUUCCUGAAGAAA